CAUAAUUUACCUAAUACCCUGGAAAUUAGGUCUCUUGGUGUGCUUGGAGACGGUGUACCUUCUUCCUUCGGCCGUCAGUCGUCAGAGUCUAUAGAUGUCACUAAGAAUGCGAAUUUUUCUGCGCAAGUAUCUGCUUCUUCGUACCCUACCAGGCCAUAUGAUAGCCCUAGGUUCGAACGCCUUCGCAAUUGGCCUGACUCUGAGACCAAGGCCAAUCAUGAAGACGUCCUUGACGAAGUGAUGCGCCAGAAUUCUUCUCUUUGGCUGGCUUCUACUUCGGAAUCGACACCAUCGGAUUCUGGCUUAGGUCUGGGACUGUCACGAGAAAGAUUUCGGGAUGAAGAUUUGGGUCCUGUGGACGAUAGCCUGCGUGACUGCGAAUGCUGGUCUUGGCAAAAUUGCAUCAGCAACUGUACAGCGAGUAAGGAUCCACAUUUUUUUUAA